UUGAGUUUUAACCGUUGUGUUAUUUUAGAGCAACUAAGCUUAGUCUCUUCUUUUUUGGCAUUUGCGGCUUUGUCUGUGGUUGUUGUGCUAACAGAUUGCUCUACAUAUUUUCAGACAGCAACACACGUUGUAAGUACAGUGUUGUUUGUAGGAACAUUUCAAAGGUUGGACCAAUGUGACAUUAGCAUGCGCAGUAGUGUACACAAGAACAGAGUCGCAUGUAAAUCUAGAACUCAGUUGCUGCAAUGGAGGUUUCAAAACAUUUACGAGCCUUCUUUUCCUCAAGAAUUGUAUUCAGGAAGUCAUUGUGGUCACACAGGUGUUUACAGUGUAGAAAAUCCACCUGUGCAAGUGAACAGCGUUACAGUGCCACAUCGCAGAAAGACAGUCGUGGUUCCCUGAGUCUACAUUCCAAACUAGCAGUUGGGCCUACACUUCAGGAUUUUAUCCGUAGCUCUGCCUCUGAAGAUGCGCACACUGUGGAGCAUGAAGAGGUUACGGAGCACCCUCCUUAUAUUUCUGAACAAGAAGAAGCUACUCUAGAAAAGGGUAAAAGAGUCCUGUACUGGAAGGGAGAUCCUCAUAGCACUGAGAUUCAUGGAAGCAACCAUUCCGUUGGUCCCCUUUGUAAGAAUCCAUUUGAGAAAGAUCCAGUGGUACCCGAAAUUCAUCUGGUUCCAACAUUCUCAUCCCCUGGCACACAGCUUAAAGAAGAAAAUAUCGUAGUGGAUAUUGCAGAUAAAGCUAAAUGCAGGGAGAAGGCAGAACAAACCAUCUGGAACCGCCUAAAGCAUUUAACAGCUAUGAAACAUGAACGUUGCAAAUCUGAGGCACCACUUGUAAUUGGCAUCUUAGGCUGCAUGGCAGAACGGCUUAAGCAUGAAAUCCUAGAGAAGGAGAAAUUGGUAGAUAUUAUUGCCGGCCCAGAUGCAUAUCGUGAUCUGCCACGACUGCUGAAUUUGAGAAAAUAUGACCAGCAGGCUGUUAAUGUUCUCCUGUCCUUGGAUGAGACCUAUGCAGAUAUAAUGCCAGUUCAAGUGAACAAUGAAACUAAGUCAGCAUUUGUGUCUAUCAUGAGAGGCUGUGACAACAUGUGCAGUUACUGUGUUGUUCCUUUUACAAGAGGACGAGAGAGGAGUCGGCCAUUAUUAUCCAUUUUAGAAGAAGUUAGAAUGCUCUCUGAUAAGGGUAUUAAACAGGUUACACUUUUGGGGCAAAAUGUGAACAGUUAUAGAGAUGUUUCUGAAGUGCAGUACAAUACUGGAGAGCCUAGUAACCUCAGUCGCGGAUUCAGCACAGUAUACAAAUCGAAAGUAGGGGGUCUUCGUUUUGCUGACUUGUUGGACAGAGUAUCCAGAGUUGACCCGGAGAUGAGGAUCCGAUUUACCUCACCACAUCCCAAAGAUUUUCCAGAUGAAGUCCUUCAACUUAUACAAGAGAGGCACAACAUUUGCAAACAAAUUCAUCUUCCAGCUCAGAGUGGGAGUUCAUCAGUUUUGCAAGCCAUGAGAAGAGGGUACACCAGGGAAGCAUAUUUAGAUUUGGUUGAAAAUAUAAGAAAAACAAUUCCAGGUGUAAGCCUGAGUAGUGAUUUUAUCACUGGGUUCUGUGGGGAGACAGAAGACGACCAUCAGCAGACGUUAUCUCUUCUUCAGAGUGUGAAGUACAGCACAGGCUUCCUCUUUGCGUACAGCAUGAGAAAGAAAACACAUGCAUAUCAUAGGCUGAAGGAUGAUGUUCCCACUGAAGUAAAGAAGCGCCGACUGCAGGAACUUAACACUGUUUUUCGUGAGGAAGCCUCAAAGAUGAACUUAAAGGCAGUUGGAACCAAUCAACUUGUUCUUGUGGAAGGAGUUAGUAAGAAGUCAUCAAAAGACCUGUGUGGAAGGAGUGAUGGAAAUAUCAGAGUUAUAUUCCCUGCCAUGGAGAUUUCCACUCAUUCAUCAUCAAGCAGUUUUGCAGAAAUCAAGCCAGGCGACUAUAUUUUGGUUAAGAUAACUGAUACAAGUUACCAGAGUUUGAGAGGUAUUCCACUCCGACAUACAUCACUAAAAGACUCAGCAGUGUAAGAACAUUGUAGAUGCACUCUUUAAAAAUAAAUUUAACUCUUGCCAUAGGAGGAACAUGCAGUGACUUCCAAAGGACUUUCAGUAAAAUGAUCAAUUUCAGAAAUACUGGAUACAGUUGAACAGAAUUCUGUAUUUCAUUUCCACAAAUAAUUACUGCAGAAGUGAGCUUCAUAUGUAAUGCAGUAAUUGUGAAUCAUUGUGGAGUUUUGUCUUUGUCUUGUUAGAGUGACUUGCAGUAUGUCCUUAACAAGGAUUGGAGGAUUCAUCCCAAAUACUUCAUCUUAAAAAACGAGUACCCAACUAUGACUGGCGAAGACACUUUGCAAUGCGCUUGCAGAGGUGUCUAAACAGAUUUUUAGAGCAUGCAGAUGAAAACAGGACAUCAGGUGAAGGAAGGCAACCAAAUAAAACCUGGAAAUGACCAUAUGGUACAUUUUUAUAAUUUUUAUUUUCUAUUCUGUUUUGUAACAAAAUAUUUUUUUUCUGAAAACUCAUCUUUAAUCAAAAUGAUGAUGACUUGUCCUGAAACUGUCUGAAAGCCGAAAACGUAGAGUGCUGCUCAUACAUCAGAGUGGCAUAAGAGACAACAUGUGUUUGAAUGUUUGGUGCUGUGUGAUUUUUCAGAGCGUCUGUAUUAAAAGACAACUUUUGCACUGUGUUAUCUAUAACAUUUAACAAAACUUUUAGUUUUUCGUAGUCCUUAUCAAUGUCAGUUACAAUUUAUUAACACAUGCCAGUUGUUAAUUGGGUGUCAUAUUCCUGACUGCUUGCAAACCAGACAGCAAUUGUCUGGACCUCAAACUGAAAGAAAAUGUAAUUUUGAGAAAAUCUUUUCACUUGAGCAAAUAAAGCAGUUUUUGCCUUGGUUCUUCAAUUAAAA